AUGGGUGAUGAAUAUGAAGCGAUUGGACCAACUCCGGGUGAAGAGUCACCGGCCCCGCCACCGCCUGACCUUGCACCACCUCCCCCUGCACCCCCACCCGCCCCCGCACCACCACCCCCUGCACCCAUGUCUCCAUAUUUCCAACCCCCACCCCCUCCGCCUGCUGCAAAUGAAGGGACAAAAAGUGAGAAGAAACCCGAUGAGGGCACCACAGACGAUAAUGAAUCAAAAUCGAAAGCAAAACGAAAAAGUAAAGAUAAAGAUAAAUCGACUAAAACCAAAGAAAAAGAGAAACGGGGACCUCGUCGGAGAAUAACGGCGUUGGGCAAUCCCAGUCGGGAAGGAGUUGAAGGAAUUUGCACUUAUGGAACGAAAUCGUGA